AUGGAUCUCAUUCAACUCCCGGAGGAGAUCUUUGCUCUCAUCGUUGAGCACUUGGUCCUCAUCAUCGGCAACUGCAAAGCAGUUCGACUGCGCAGCGUCAGCAGAAGGUUUGAUGUGGCUAUUUUGCACGCAGUCUUUGUUCGUCAAGUCAUUGAUUUUCUGGAUCCCGAUGAUGUACAGACGCGUUCUUCAGGUUUACCUCCACCGGCGAUGGGAAGACUGGUGCUGGCCAAGUCCAAGUCCAAUCCCCACCGGAACCAUGUUCUAUGCGCAUUAUCCAAAAUCAUUGACGCAUUGGAUGGUAUGCAAAUCUCGGUGCAACAAGAAUCAAGAUGCCGUAACCAUGAAAUAAUCAGCGAGGCUGUCGCCCAACAUCUACGCUCGCAAGACCAUCCAUUUGGUUAUCUCGAAGAAGAAGGUAGCCAAACCCUCAGUGAAGCGGAAGCUUUCCACAACAUAUUUUGCGCUUCAAUCAGCCUGGGAAACCUUUCUUUGGUCAAAAGUCUCUUGAACGCUGGCACCGUUCCUUCCUCGUGGAUGGUUAACACAGAAAGUGCGUAUCUCGGUCGACCAUUACAGAUUGCUUGCGCAUGGGGCCACACAGCGGUGGUGAAAUAUCUUCUGGAAAGUGGCGCCGAUCCUCAUUCACUAUCCGGUCGCGACGCGGUGCAGUACGAUGGCCGGCCUUGGAAUGCCUUUCUUGACCGUUAUUGCCGUAGAGUCUACCGGAGUUCGAAUGGAAGUUCCCUCCGGGCUGCUGCGCUUGCAGGCCACACGGAGAUUGUUCAUCUCCUCUUGCGUCCGGAGUACAAGCUUGAAUCUUGUCGAAAUGAAUGGUUUCGAGUCUUCCUCGCUGCUGCGCGCGGGGGCCAUGCAGAUAUCCUCAUGGCACUUCUGCAGGCAUACGGUACAACAUGGGAUGCUCAACCGGAACUGAGGAAGGUCGUGUUGUGGGAGGCUGCAUAUCAUGGGCGCGAACCGGUCGUACGCAUGAUGCUCGAAAAUGGAGCUGAUGUAAAUGCUCAACUUGUGAAUCCCGCGCUAUACAGCGCCUCCCCCCUGCAGAUGGCUGCCCGGCAUGGCCAUACACCCGUCAUUCGCCUGCUCCUAGAACACGGCGCCGAUGUGGCCUGCGACGUUGGCUACGAAGGUUCUGCCGUUCGCGUAGCCGCGUCGCGAGGACAUGAGGAAGCCGUUCUCACUCUCCUCGAAUACGGCGGCGAUCCAUGUGCUGCCUUUCGGUCGGCGACAGAUGGAGCCCAGGAUCAUUUGCUGAGGAUCCUGCUGCAGCAGGGGUUUGACAUGAAUAGACGUCUUCAUCCCACGGCCCCUGACACAGAGGGGAACUCUGCUUUGGUGAUGAGCGCCAUAAGGGGCUGUGCGCAGACUGUGCGGGUGUUGGUGGAAGCUGGUGUCUCCCCCAAUGACGAGGAUCUUCGCUGCGAUGCGGUUUUCCAAGCGUGGAGCAUGGGGCGCUUCCAUGUUUACAAUCUCCUGUUGCAGCUGGGAGGAGAAGAUAAGGCCAUGCCUGACAGUGACGAGUAUCCCUUGGAUGAGCCGAGGCUGGUAUGCAGCGGGUUUUUGGUUGAUGAAAGGACCUGCAGGUGGAUUGGCAAGUACUGA